AUGAUAAUGCUAAAUAAUCAUGGCUUGGCAUUACCGGCCCUGUGGGGAUUUAGGGCUCUGACCGAGGCACUCAUGGAAACAGCAAGUGGUUUGGCUCUGUCCCUAAAAGGUGAACUGCGUGUUGUCUGCCUGUCUAGCUGCUGUCAGUAUCCUAGGAAUCUGCCAUGUCCAAGGAGAAGCCCAAAGGAGGGCGUGAAGACAGAGAACGACCACAUCAACCUGAACGUGGCGGGGCAGGACGGCUCCGUGGUCCAGUUCAAAAUCAAGAGACACACCCCCCUAAACAAGCUGAUGAAGGCGUACUGCGAGAGGCAGGGCUUGUCAAUGAGGCAGAUUAGAUUCAGGUUUGAUGGGCAGCCAAUUAACGAAACAGACACCCCAGCACAGCUGGAGAUGGAGGACGAAGACACCAUCGACGUGUUCCAGCAGCAGACGGGGCGCUCGUGGCAGAGCUGCUGUCUCUGUCCCCUCCGUGUCGUCCCUGCAUCUGCUGAAGAGUGA